AUGGCAGAAGUUGAGAUAGUGAAGAACAAGCAGGUGCUGCUGAGAGAUUAUGUUAGUGAUUUCCCCAAAGAAUCAGAUAUGAUCAUCAGCACAGACAGCACUAUAAGCUUGAAAGUGCCACAAGGAUCAAAUGGAGUGCUGGUUAAGAAUCUGUACCUGUCAAGUGACCCGUUUAUGCGCCGUUUCAUGCAAGUGUCUCAGCCUGCUCGUAGUAAAACUGGCUUUAUUCCUUACACCCCUGGCUCACCAAUAAAUGGGUUUGGGGUUGCCAAAGUAGUGGAUUCAGGGCAUCCAAACUUCAAGAAAGGUGAUCUGGUAUGGGGUAUAACACAAUGGGAAGAAUACAGUCUCAUAGCAGAACCUGACUCUCUUUUCAAGAUUGAGCAUACUGAUGUACCUAUUUCCUACUAUAUAGGACUGCUCGGUAUGCCUGGUCUUACUGCCUAUGCUGGAUUCUUUGAGGUUUGCAAACCAGAAAAAGGAGAAAAGGUUUUCGUAUCUUCAGCAUCCGGGGCAGUUGGUCUGAUCGUUGGACAAUUUGCAAAAUUGUUAGGUUGCUAUGUUGUUGGAAGUGCUGGAAGCAAAGAAAAGGUUGAUCUUCUCAAGAACAAGUUUGGAUUUGAUGAUGCUUUCGAUUACAAGCAAGAACACGACUUGGAUGCUGCUCUGAAAAGGUAUCUAUUCUGUUUGGCCUCAACUGAGUGCUUCCCUGAAGGGAUUGAUAUCUAUUUUGAAAAUGUUGGAGGAAAGAUGCUAGAUGCUGUGCUCCUCAACAUGAGAAUGAAUGGUCGAAUUGCUGCUUGUGGAAUGAUCUCACAGUACUACUCUGACAAACCUGAAGGAGUAUCCAAUAUGAUGUGGAUUAUUUACAAGCGAGUGUACAUAAAAGGAUUUUCUGUGUUUGAUUAUUACCAUCAAUACUCAAAAUUUUUGGACACUAUAUUGCCUCACGUCCGCGAGAAAAAGAUAACCUAUGUUGAAGACAUUAUUGAAGGUCUUGAAAAUGGUCCUAAAGCCCUUAUAGAUUUCUUCAAUGGCCGCAGUGUUGGGAAACAGCUAGUUGUUGUUGCUCGUGAAUGACCUGCAGUUCCAUUCUGAAACCAUUCCAGCCCCUGUUCCAUGUUUUCCCCUCACUUAUUAGUUCUAAUUGGAGUAGUAAUAAAGUCUACUCAGGCUAUAUUACCCGGAUUCUGAGAGUUCUGUUCUAGAAUUCAGAUGGGCUACUUGUAAAAUUUUGUAUUCGUAUCUGGUUAUACUGAAUAAGUACUUUUACGACCUGUG